UAUCUUACAAUAUCAAAACAUAUAUAAUAUGUAAAUGAAGUUCUUAUAAACUACAUUUAAAUUGAAUUUCCCGCGCAUUAAUCAACGUCAAAGUAUUAUCUGUGGUGGCAGCACUUUUUUAUUCUAUGUUUAGUUUAUAAUUCAUCUGUCAGAAAAUUCUCGAAGUUAUUUUGUACAAGUGAAGCGUUAACGAUUUUAUUGGAAAUAAUUCUAUUGUAAAAGAAUAUUUGAAGCAAUAGCUUUUAAUGUUGUUUCUCUUUACAGAGCAACAACUUUACUUUUGUUUCAAUAAGCAGCAAUCAGCAUAUUACAAAACAACAUUAUUUAUAGCUGUUGUAAACUAUGGAGAAGUUAAAGUUCGAAUUUGUUGUGAAAACUGGUGAAGAUCCGAAGACAAAUGUCAUCUGCAUAACCUCAAUUAUGGACGCCGACAAAAACAGGUUUUUAAUUCCGGUAAAAUUACAACCGGUAAAACUGCAUACUGAGUUGAUUAAAACUCAAACUUUUCAAAAAGUAAAGGCUACACUGCAAAAAAGACAUGAAGAAAGACAAGUAUGGAUUUCAUUAACACCAGAAUUACGCGAUACAUAUGCGGAUGAAGAUGGAAAUAUGCAGUUCAACGGAUAUUUACUAGAGGAGAGUACAUCUAAAAUUCAACAGGUUUCAACGAAUGAAAUGUCAACAGAAACUCUUACUAAAAUCCUGGAAAGUUUUGCUGAAUCAAACAAAGAGUCAAAGCAGUCUAGUUUAAAAAAGUUAUCUGAAAAAUUUGUAAUAGAAAAAUUCACAAAAAAAACAUCAAGUGUAACACAGUGGAUGGAUAUCUUCGAAGCUGAAUGUAAUCGUUUAGGUAUAAAGGAUAGUAUUGAAAAGAUACAAGUGUUUCGGUUAUUUUUAGAGGAUUCUUGUCAAGAUUGGUAUAAUUCUAUGCUUAUAAAAUAUACAAUCAAUUCAGAAUGGGAUAAUUGGAAAAUUAAAUUUUGUAAAACAUAUGAGGACAAAGGCUGGUCACCAAUAAGGUAUGCUUUUUUAUUUAAAUACAGGCAGGGUACAUUACUGGAAUAUGCUUUAAAGAAAGAAAGGCUUUUGUUAGAGGUAAAUAAAUCUCUUGAUACACGUACUUUAAUAGAUUUAAUUGUAAUUGGGUUACCUAAUUUCAUAGCAGAUGAAAUUGACAGAAAUGCAUUGAAAGAUACUGAGGAUUUAUUUAGUAGUAUCCGGGGCCUAGAACAUUUAAGGGAUAAAAAGAUAGUGGGUAAAAAAGUAGUAGAAUGGGAAAAUAAGACAAAAGAAAAAAACUUAAAUAGCUUGCAUGACAAACGACCAUGCAGAAUCUGUGAAAAAGAAAAGAGAGGGACUCGAUAUCAUUCAGAAUCUGUAUGUUGGUUUAAAAAUAAAGUUGAUGAUCACUCUAAAAAAGAGCUAAUUAGAAGUGUUAAUAAUUCUGAAUUAGAAAUGAGUUUAAAUGAAAUAGAUCCAAAAAACUAAUUAUUCCACCAUUAAUCAAAACUAAGUUAAUUAUAAAUGAUUCCAUAGAAACGCUCGGGGUUUAUGAUUCAGGAUCAAAUGUAAGCAUAAUUAAUUCGAAAUUAUUAUCCUUAAAAGACAAGCCCAACAACAUGAAUAGUAAUCGAGCAAAUUUAAAAACGAUUAAUGGUGUAAAAAAAUCUAUGGGAAUAGUAACAUUAAAAAUAAAGAUUUUUGAAAUAGAGAAAAAAAUGAAUAUUUUUGUUAUAGACAAACAAAAUUUUGAUUAUGAUUUUUUAAUUGGAUUGGAUUGCAUAAAAUCUUUUCAACUGAUUCAAAAUGAAAACUUAGAGAUCACACAAAAACUAGGCAAAGAAAUAACACAAAAUAAUGAAAAUAUACCUGGUUUUACAGUUAAAAAAAUUGAAAACAAACACUGUUUCAUUGAUGAUAAUAAUGUUAAAGAAUUAACAGUGAAACAUAAUUUCCAUAUGAGUGAUAAGUUUAAGGUUAACUUUAAUGAACACAUAGAAGUAACAAACUUCAACAUUACAGUAAAUCAUUUAGACAGUCAGCAACAAAAAAAAAUAGGUGAACUAAUAAGCAAAUAUAACUCCCUAUUUGCAAAAGAUAAAUAUGAUGUAGGCUCAGUGAAAGGCUAUGAGGCACAUAUUGAUUUAUUAGUAGAUACAUAUUGUAGCAAAAGACCAUAUCGAUGCAAUUUUGAAGACAAAAAAGAAAUAGAACAGCAAGUUUCAAAAUUAUUACAAAAUAAAUUAAUUGAAGAAUCUUACAGUCCUUUUGCAGCUCCUGUAACUUUAGCCUAUAAAAAAGAAGAAGGAAGAAAAUGUAGACUAUGCAUAGAUUUUCGUGAUUUAAAUAAAAUAGUGGUUCCUCAGUCGCAACCAUUUCCACUUAUAGAAGAUUUAAUGAUAAAAACAAGAAAUUGUAAAUUUUUUUCAACGUUGGACAUAAAUUCUGCUUUCUGGUCUAUACCUUUAAAAGUGGAAGACAGAAAAAAAACAGCUUUUGUUACUCAAGAAAAUCAUUUUCAGUGGACUUGUCUUCCAUUUGGUUUAAAGACAUCACCUGCAAUAUUUCAAAGAAUACUAAGUAGCAUUAUUAGAAAACACAAAUUAUCCAAUUUUACAGUAAAUUUCAUCGAUGAUAUUUUAGUUUUUUCCCAGACAUUCACGGAGCACAUUAAACACUUAUCUUUGCUAUUGGAAGCUAUUUCAAAAGAAGGUUUUAGAUUGAAAUUUUCUAAAUGUAAAUUUGCACAAGACUCUGUAAAAUACUUAGGUCACAUCAUACAAAAUAAUACAGUUACUCCACUAAAGGAUAAUUUAAUAGCCAUAAAAGAUUUUCCUGUUCCAAAAACAAAGAAAAAUGUCAGACAGUUUUUAGGCAAAAUAAACUUCUAUGGAAAAUAUAUACAAAACAUAUCAAUCAUAUUAGAUCCUCUACACAAUCUUUUAAGAAAAGACCAAAAAUUUAUUUGGACAGUAGAGUGUCAAAAAUCUUUUGAUAAAAUAAAAAAACUACUUUGUUUAAAACCUAUUUUAGAAAUAUUUGAUCCAGAUCUUCCUAUUCAUAUAUAUACAGACGCUAGUAUACAGGGUUUAGGGGCUAUUUUAAAACAACCACAGGAAGACGGAGAAGAAAGGCCAUGUGCAUAUUUUUCGAGAAAAUUAAAUGACAGUCAAAAAAGAAAAAAAGCUAUUUAUUUAGAAUGUUUAGCGAUAAAAGAGGCGGUAAAAUACUGGCAACAUUGGCUAAUAGGAAAAAAAUUUAAAGUAUUUUCAGACCAUAAACCCCUAGAAAAACUGAAUAUUAAGGCUAGAACAGAUGAGGAACUAGGAGACCUCACAUACUAUUUAUCUCAAUUUAAUUUUGAGGUAAUUUAUUCACCCGGAAAGGACAAUUUAGAAGCAGACAGUCUAAGUAGAAACCCAGUAUUAGAAUCACAUAUAAAUCAGGAAGAAAUCUUGAAAGUUGUGAAUUUUAUCAAACUAGAAGACAUUCAAAACGAUCAAGAGGAAAAUGAGGAAAUAAAACUAUAUAAAAAUAAACUAAUAUUUAAAGAUAAAAUUUACUUCAAAAGGAUAGGAAAGAAAAACAAAAUUAUACUUACGGAGGAAUUUAGUAAAAAAUUGAUAAAGAAUGUGCAUGAUACUUAUUGCCAUAUAGGAGUGAUACAAACAGGAAAUAAAAUCAAACCAUUCUUUGUGGCAAAGAAUUUAACAAUUAAUAUAAAAAGAAUGUGUGAGAAUUGUGAAAUAUGCAUAAAAAAUAAAUCUAGAACUAAAUUUAAAUAUGGUUUGAUGUCCCAUUUGGGUCCCGCUACUUAUCCGUUUGAAAUUGUCUCUAUAGAUACCAUUGGUGGGUUUGGUGGCUCCCGCUCUACUAAAACAUAUCUACAUCUUUUGGUAGACCAUUUCACCAGAUAUGCCUACAUAUUGACAUCAAAAACGCAAAACGCAGAUGAUUUUAUAAAACUCAUAAAAAAAGUUAUUCCUCAAAAUAAAAUUGGUAUGAUUCUAUCGGAUCAAUACCCAGGUAUAAAUUCUAAGGAAUUUAAAAGCUUUUUAGGAAAAGAGAACAUAAGUCUCAUCUUCACUGCGGUAAAUGCACCUUUCUCCAAUGGAUUAAACGAACGAUUAAAUCAAACAUUAGUAAACAAGAUAAGAUGUACAAUUAAUGAAAAAAAUUAUAAAAUAGCUUGGACAACUAUCGCUCAUAAAUGUACCCAGAGAUAUAACGAUACCGAACACUCAGUAACAGGAUUUUCCCCAACUUAUUUAAUGGAAGGAAAAGUUAUUGAUAUCUUACCAGAUGAGUUGAAAGAACAUAAAACACAAAAUGAAUUAUUAAGAGAUAGGAAAAUAGCUUUGCAGAGAACUAUAAAUUCACACAAUUAUAAUAAACAACAGUUUGAUAAAAAUAGAAUAAAUAACCAAUUAAAUGUAGGAGACUUGGUAUAUGUGGAAAAUGGUAACCGAUUAAAUAGAAAAAAACUAGAUGAAUUAAAAAUUGGACCUUAUAAAAUAUUAGAAAAGUUAUCUAACUCAAUUUAUAAAAUUAGUACGGGUUACAAAAAGUUAGAAUCAAACUUGUUCCAUAUUACAAAACUAAUACCAGUACCGGAGGAGUUUUGUAAACCUGGGGGAGGGAGAUGUAAAUGAAGUUCUUAUAAACUACAUUUAAAUUGAAUUUCCCGCGCAUUAAUCAACGUCAAAGUAUUAUCUGUGGUGGCAGCACUUUUUUAUUCUAUGUUUAGUUUAUAAUUCAUCUGUCAGAAAAUUCUCGAAGUUAUUUUGUACAAGUGAAGCGUUAACGAUUUUAUUGGAAAUAAUUCUAUUGUAAAAGAAUAUUUGAAGCAAUAGCUUUUAAUGUUGUUUCUCUUUACAGGUUUGUAAUUAUUAGUUGUUUGUACCGUAAAAAUAAGUUGUAUUUGCAAGAAUGACUUGAUGUUCAAAACAAAUAAAUUUCUCUUUACAGAGCAACAACUU